GGCGGGAGCCAACUUACUCCAGCCUCGUGAGCUCCUGCGACUCUCCCCUCCCCCGCCGCCAUCCCGGCGUCUUUCCAGCAGCCACCCACUCCCACCUACCAGCCCGCAGCUUGACUGGCAGCACGCGGGCUGGGCUGCUGCUGCGCGAGGGUAGAUAGAUAGCGGCAUGCGGCUCCCGAGAGGAGGGGAAGGCGCUGGCUCUGCCUCCUUGCCUUAAUCUCGCUUCUGGCUGGGACUGAUCAUCAGCGUGCGAGGACAAGCGUGCGCGGAAGCGGGGGAAGAAGAAGAAGAAGAAGAGUAAGAGAAAGAAGAAGCCAUAAGAAGCAGAAAGGGCAGGAGGCGCACCUCGGCGGGAGCCGCAGCAGCCAGCAGCACCGGCCGCGCCAUCUCCCUUUCUCCGCCGGGCGGCAUGAGCACCUGCGACGCCAAGGAGUAUCUGGCCAGGAAGGAGAUCCCGCAGCUCUUCGAGAGUUUACUGAAUGGAUUAAUGUGCUACAAGCCUGAUGAUCCAGUAGAAUAUCUGGAAGGCUGUUUACAAAAAGUGAAGGAAUUGGGAGGAGCAGAAAAAGUGAAAUGGGACACUUUUGUCAGUCCAGAAAAAAGAACACUACCUCCACUUAAUGGCAGCCAAUCAAGAAGGUCAUUUUUUAGGAAUGUGAUGCCAGACAAUCCCAACUUCCCUUAUCGGCGGUAUGACCGACUGCCUCCAAUCCACCAGUUCUCCAUAGAAAGUGAUACUGACCUCUCAGAAACAGCUGAACUUAUUGACGAGUAUGAUGUCUUCGAUCCUACAAGACCUCGGCCUAAAAUUAUCCUUGUCAUAGGUGGCCCAGGAAGUGGAAAGGGAACCCAGUGUUUGAAAAUAGCAGAACGUUAUGGAUUUGAGUACAUCUCUGUUGGUGAAUUGUUACGAAAGAAGAUCCAUAAUACAAGUAGUAAUCGAAAGUGGAGCCUGAUUGCUAAGAUAAUUACUACUGGAGAAUUAGCCCCACAGGAAACAACUAUUACUGAGAUAAAGCAGAGACUGAUGCAGAUUCCGGAUGAAGAGGGUAUUGUUAUUGAUGGAUUUCCAAGAGACGUGGCCCAGGCUCUUUCCUUUGAGGACCAAAUCUGUACCCCAGAUUUGGUGGUGUUUUUGUCCUGCUCAAAUCAACGGCUGAAAGAACGGCUAAUGAAACGUGCCGAGCAGCAAGGAAGGCCAGAUGAUAAUCUCAAAGCUACACAGAGACGCCUCAUGAAUUUCAAGCAGAAUGCUGUUCCACUGGUCAAAUAUUUCCAGGAAAAAGGGCUGGUCAUGACUUUUGAUGCUGACAGAGAUGAGGAAGAAAUAUUUUGUGAUAUAGCUGCAGCAGUUGACAACAAAUUGUUUCCCACGAAAGAAGCCGUGGCAGAUCCAUGUGAACUUGAUCUCAAUCUUAUUGUGGACCCUGGAGAUAUUGCUGAUCCUGAAUUUGACUUUGAAGACCAGGCAUAUGACCAGUCAAAUUUUUCUGCAGCUGAGAAUAUGGGAGAUUUUUCAGAAGACCUGAAGAAAUCAAACAUAAUCUUUGUAAUUGGUGGCCCUGGUUCUGGCAAGGGAACUCAGUGCAACAAAUUAGCAGAGAAGUAUGGAUUCACACACUUGUCCACAGAGGACCUGCUCCAACGUGAGAUGUCAUCAUCAACAGAGAGGAGCAAGAUCAUCAGAGUUGCCAUGGAAAGUGGCAAGCUUGUACCAGGGGAUAUUAUUACGGAGCUCUUGAAAGAAGCCAUCGUUGCUAAUAUGGAAGAUACAAAAGGAUUUCUGAUUGAUGGUUAUCCCCAAAAUGUCAAGCAAGGAGAAGAGUUUGAGCAUCAGAUUGGUGAGCCAUCUCUAGUCCUCUGCAUGGACUGUUCCUCCAAGACAAUGAGCAGCCGCCUUUUGAAAAGAAGUCAAAGCAGCCAGUGCCUUGAUGAUAAUGCUGAAAUCAUCAUGAAGCGCAUUGAAACAUACUAUGAAGAGAAUGAGCCUGUGAUCAUAUAUUAUGAAAACAAAAUUCCAUUGUUUAAGAUAAAUGCAGACGGGACACCAGAAGAGGUUUUUCUUGAAGCCUGUUCUUCAAUCGACACUUUUCUGGAAAAGGAACGAACAGCAUCUUUCUCAGUCCACACAGUGUAGCUGCAAAGCUUUCUCUCACAUGCACAGGAGUCCUCAAAAACGUUGCUGAAAGCAAUAGCUGCUGCCUUGAAAGAUUAGUGCAUGUUGUAUACUUUGUAAAAAUCUUUAUAACCUGUACUGUACGGUAACUAUACACUUGUACUAUAUAUUGUCUUAUCAUAUAGUUUGCACUGCACAGGUUAAAAACAGCAUGGUAAGCAGCAGCUCUCAUUUAUAUAAAUCAUGUCUUGCACUUCAGUAUUACCAGGCGUACCACACUGUCAGCAUUGAGUUCCCAGUCGAUUGCCAGUCAGCAAAACAGAAAGAACACUGCAUUUACUUCUGUAAACAAUGCAAUCGUGCAACUAUUUAAGCUUGCUUUUUUAUUUAUAGUGCUUGAAAAAUCUGUUUCUGCCAUUUUAUCUUAUUGGUGGAACAUGCCUGCAAUCCAGUCGCAGUCAUUAACUCAAAGCAGUGAAAGUCCAGGAAUUUCCAGGAAAAGCAUUGUAAAUACCUUGUACAACAAACAGGUUGAAUGUGAAGCAGUUAUAAAUAUAACAGGAUCAGUUGCUGUGUUGCAGACAGAAUGCAUACAAACCAUCUUCUUAUGUUCUUAUGUUAAAGGUUUUUAAUUAGGUAUGUUAAUGUAGGGAUAGGAUACUGUUUUCUGCUAAACAGAAACCGGUGCCAAACACUGUUUUGGUGUGCAAGCAUAUUCUAAAGGGUAGGAGGCAAUCAUUAAUAUGUAUGUGGGUUAUUGUUCAAAAUAUUACAAUUACAUGUUUCAAUUUUAGAUCCUAUGCUAUCACUGUCUGAUGCUAAACAGAUUAAAAGUGUGGAAGAAAAGUAUUUGUUUUAUUCCAUCAGUGUAUCUUUCAAUCCAUAUUUCCAUACACUUUACACAAAAGAUUUCACCAGCUGACCAAAAUAUUGAGAAUUUUCUGUAUGCCCAUCAGCAGAUAAAAGCAAACUGCAGUAUUCCUAGGAAGAGUAUUAAUCCAUCUUGCAUGAUUGAUCUUUCUGUCAACAUUUGCAUUACCAAUGAACUGUUAAGGCAAAUUUGUACUUUUCAGGUUACUUUUCUUGUAAUGAAUGCAAAUAAAGUUUAUGGACAAAUGCUAAA